UUGCGGCGCGCCGGCUUGCCGGCGAGCGGGGCGUGCGUGGCGGCUUCCGGAGUGGUCAGCCGCGCGGCCGGCCUGUGGGGAGUCUGUACGGGAUGUCAGACGGGGGACUCGCCCACUCAAGUCCGACCCCGGAGCGGGACUGUCUACAGAAUGACCACGUCCAGAAGGAUGGAGGAGCAGCAGUGCGGGAGAAGGACAGCGGGGAGACGGAGGUGGACUUGGGUGUGGAGGGACGCCUGCCCUCCUGCUCCUCCAGAGAGGGCCCCUCCACCUCUGCCGAGGGGAGCGUGCCGAGCACCGCACGGAGAGGGCCGGCCCUGCUGCACAUCGACAGACAUCAGAUCCAGGCGGUGGAGCCCAGCGCGCAGGCCCUGGAGCUGCAGGGCCUGGGGGUGGACGUCUACGACCAGCAUGUGCUGGAGCAAGGCGUGCUGCAACAGGUGGACAGCGCCAUCCACAAGGCCAGCCACGCGGCCCAGCUCGCCGAUGCGGAGAAGGAGUACGGCUCCGUCCUGGAUGACCUCGCGUCCUGCACAACAUCCCUAAGGCAAAUCAAUAAAAUUAUCGAACAGCUUAGCCCUCAAGCUGCCACCAACAAAGACAUCAGCAGGAAACUAGAUUCUGUCAAGCGACAGAAGUAUAAUAAGGAGCAACAACUGAAGAAGAUCACGGCCAAACAAAAGCGCCUGCAGGCCAUCCUAGGAGGCGCCGAGGUCAGAGUUGAGCUGGAUCACACCAGGCUGGAGGAGGAGGAAGAUGCAGAGCCAGGGCCGUCCAGCCUGGGCAGCAUGCUCAUGCCUGCGCAGGAGAGCGCCUGGGAGGAGCUCAUCCGCACCGGCCAGAUGACGCCGUUUGGCACCCAGAUCCAGCCGAAGCCGGAGAAGCAGCCCCGGAAGCUCAUGCUCGACGAGGCAUCAGGCUUUGAGAAGUACCUGGCUGAGCAAGCCAAGCUGUCCUUUGAGAGGAGGAAGCGAGCACGGGGCAAACGGGCAGCCCGGCAGGCCCCGACCCCCGUGACUGCGGCCACGGGCCCGGCGGCCAGCGAAGGGAAGCCCAAGCCGGGGAGCCAGACGCUGUCCAAGGCCGACAGGCGCCUGCAGAAGCACAUGAGAAAGCUGCAGAAGCGGGCCGCGCAGUUCCAGGGCAAGGUGGUGCCGCGCCCGCGGAGGAAGCCGCUGGAGCCCGAGGGGCAGCCCCGAACAGCCGGCCACUCAGAAGGAGAGGAGUCCGAGUACUUCCCCACCGAGGAGGAGGAGGAGGACGAGGAGGACGAGGAGGCGGCAGGGGUGGACCUGUCUGGAGAUGGCACUGACUAUGAGCUGAAGCCCCCGCCCCAGGGCCGGAGGCGGCAGAAGAAAGCCGCAGCCCAGCAGGUGGACGAGGACUUCUUCCCCAGCUCCGAGGAGGAUGUGGAUGCCCCAGCAGCCGGCCCAGGGAGAGGACGCAAGGUGGCGAGGUGCCGUGACGACGGCGACGAAAAUUACUACCGGCAGCGGUUAAGGAGGUGGAACAAACUGAGGCUGCGGGACAGAAAGGAGCGUGCGCAGGCCGAGGCCGACUCCGAGGAGAGCGACGCCGAGUUUGACGAGGGCUUCCGCGUGCCGGGCUUUCUGUUCAAGAAGCUGUUCAAGUACCAGCAGACAGGUGUUCGGUGGCUGUGGGAAUUGCACUGCCAGCAGGCAGGAGGAAUUCUGGGAGACGAGAUGGGAUUGGGCAAGACCAUCCAGAUAAUUGCCUUCUUGGCAAGUCUGAGCUACAGCAAGAUCAGGACUCGCGGUUCCAAUUACAGGUUUGAGGGGCUGGGUCCAGCACUCAUCGUGUGCCCGACGACAGUGAUGCAUCAGUGGGUGAAGGAGUUCCACACAUGGUGGCCUCCGUUCCGAGUGGCGAUUCUGCAUGAAACGGGCUCCUACACCCACAAAAAGGAGAAACUAGUUCGAGAUAUUGCUCACUGUCAUGGGAUUCUGAUCACCUCUUACUCCUACAUCCGACUGAUGCAAGAUGAUAUUAGCAGGCACAACUGGCACUAUGUGAUCUUGGAUGAGGGACACAAAAUCCGGAAUCCAAACGCCGCUGUCACCCUUGCCUGCAAGCAGUUCCGCACCCCACACCGCAUCAUCCUGUCCGGCUCGCCAAUGCAGAACAACCUCCGGGAGCUGUGGUCCCUCUUCGACUUCAUCUUCCCCGGGAAGCUGGGCACCCUGCCCGUGUUCAUGGAGCAGUUCUCAGUGCCCAUCACCAUGGGGGGCUACUCCAAUGCCUCCCCAGUGCAGGUGAAAACUGCUUACAAGUGCGCCUGCGUCUUACGAGACACCAUCAACCCGUACCUGCUGCGGAGGAUGAAGUCAGAUGUCAAGAUGAGCCUUUCUUUGCCAGACAAAAAUGAACAGGUCUUAUUUUGCCGUCUCACAGACGAGCAACAUAAAGUCUACCAGAAUUUUAUUGAUUCCAAAGAAGUGUAUGACAUCCUUAAUGGAGAGAUGCAGAUCUUCUCUGGACUCAUCGCCCUCCGCAAAAUCUGCAACCACCCUGACCUCUUCUCGGGGGGCCCCAAGAACUGCAGUAGUCUCCCGGAUGACGGACUUGAGGAAGAGCAGUUCGGGUACUGGAAACGCUCUGGGAAGAUGAUCGUUGUCGAGUCAUUGCUGAAAAUCUGGCACAAGCAGGGCCAGCGAGUGUUGCUGUUCUCCCAGUCGAGACAGAUGUUGCACAUCCUCGAGGCCUUCCUCAGAGCCCGGAAGUACUCCUAUCUCAAGAUGGAUGGUACCACGACUGUGGCAUCGAGACAGCCCUUGAUUACCCAGUUCAAUGAGGAUGCAUCCAUAUUUGUGUUUCUUCUGACGACGCGCGUGGGUGGGCUGGGAGUCAACCUGACUGGAGCCAACAGAGUCAUCAUCUACGACCCAGACUGGAACCCGAGCACCGACACGCAGGCCCGGGAGCGCGCGUGGAGAAUAGGCCAGAAGAAGCAGGUGACGGUGUACCGGCUGCUGACCGCUGGCACCAUCGAGGAGAAGAUCUACCACCGGCAAAUCUUCAAGCAGUUUCUGACGAACAGAGUGCUGAAGGACCCGAAGCAAAGGCGGUUCUUCAAGUCCAACGACCUGUAUGAGCUGUUCACCCUGAGCAGUCCCGACGCGGCCCAGAGCACCGAGACGAGCGCCAUCUUCGCAGGAACCGGUUCAGACGUGCAGACCCCCAGGCGCCCCUUAAAACGCAAGAGUCGGCCAGCCUUGGGGACAGACCAGGAUGCCCCCAAAUGCAGAACGUUCCCGCGGCCCAGUCCAUUGCCAGAUGGUGCUGCAUUGCCCGCGGGGAAGCCUGCAGGGGCUGGGGCAGAAGUGCACACUGUGGCUUCUGAUGAAGGCGGGUCUGCAAAAGAUGACCCACACACCAGUGCCAGCAUAACACCCAGUGGUGGCAGGAUGGCAGAAGAGGGGCUUGUGGCGCCUGGACCAGAGGACUCUGAGGUGGGCAGCGGCAGGGGGAAACAUCAGGAUGCACUGGGAAGCAGCCAGACCUCCCCCGGGCUGUGUGCCGAGGGGAGUGGCGACACCAAGCCGGACCUGUCCUCCAAAACCGGAGGCUCUCAGGCCGAGCUGCUCUGGGAGAACGAGCGACCAGAAGCUGUUUUCUCUAAGCACAAGUCAAAAACCAAGCAUCAGACUGGGGCAGCAGAGGAGACCCCCGAGCAACCCGAGACCCCAAAGCCGAAGGUGAAGAGCCACAGGCCCCACCGGGACGCCAAGUUCGAGGGCACUCGGAUCUCCCACCUGGUGAAGCAGAGGCGCUACCGCCAGCAGGACGGCGGCAACACGGAUGAGGCCGCGCACCGCAGCACCGACGACUACGUGCUGGAGAAGCUCUUCAGGAAGUCAGUGGGUGUACACAGUGUCAUGAGGCACGAUGCCAUCAUGGAUGGGGCCAGCCCCGACUACGUGCUGGUGGAGGCCGAAGCCAACCGGGUGGCCCAGGACGCUCUGAAAGCCCUGAGGCUCUCCCGGCAGCGGUGUCUGGGUGCCGGGUCAGGGGUUCCCACCUGGACUGGCCACAGGGGAGCGUCGGGGGCACCGGCAGGAGUAAGGAGCAGGUUCGGGCAGAAGAGGAAUUCUCACCUACCUGUGCAGCGCGCCACGGAGAAAUGCCAGGAUGCUGUCACAGCGCAGGAGGGGAAGGACCGAGGCUCUGGACACUUCAGCGGACAUGGAGAGGAAGCCGAGUCCUCCUCCGUUGUGCCUUCCUCAUCUUCACUGUUGGCCAAGAUGCGAGCGAGAAACCACCUGAUCGUGCCGGAGCGGCUGGAGAGCGAGGACAGGCACGUCCCGGGUGCUGCCGCCCUGGCCCCCAGCGCCACGGAGCACGAUGAGCUGCUGGUGGAGGUGAGGAACUUCGUGGCCUUCCAGGCCCGCGUGGACGGCCAGGCCAGCACUCAGGAGAUCCUGCGGGAGUUUGAAUCCAGGCUGUCGGCGUCGCAGUCCUGUGUCUUCCGGGAACUGCUGAGGAAUCUCUGCACUUUCCACCGAACGCCGGGAGGCGAGGGCAUUUGGAAGCUCAAGCCCCAGUACUGCUGAGCAGCCUCCCCGCCCAGGCCGCCAGCCCGCUGGGCUGGUGGUACGGCCAGUCACGUUAACCCAGAACGGUGUGUCUACCUCACAGUCCCAGCUCCAAGGAAGAAGAUGCCUGCCCGCCUGGCUGGCUCUGGCCAGCAGCCCGAGAAGGUGCCUGCACGCGUGUUGCCAGCAUUGCAAAGUGCGUGAGAGAAUCAGGGACCCAGCGGUAGCUCCUGGGGCACUGCUGUCAGGGAGUACGUGUCAUAGACAUGCGUGCUGGAGCCUCAAGGAUUCAUUCCGUGGUGCUAACACAUGUCUUCCCCUCAGCUGGGCCUGCGCAAUAAAUCGGCUCGCCAGGAUCGGCUGGCAGCAGCAUCGUGGUGCACAGCUUUCCGAACUGGACGAUCAUGUCACUCGCCACUCCAGGUCGCUUUUGUUCCCUUUCAGGUCGCAUGUAUGCAGUCUGCCUCGUAAGGGUCUGUUAGAUUGACAGGCGUUUUUAUCAGUCAGGCACAAAUGUAGCUUGGCAGUAAGGGUGUUUACUUGGGCAAAACUGCCAUUACUGAGAGGGCCCAGCAGAAGUAGUCUGUUCACUCUGAGCAGAAGCAGUCUGUUCCAUUACAGGGACCAUUGAUUUUAGGUGGGAAAAAUGUGUUACAGAAACAAAAAAAGCAAAACCAGAAGUGUUCAUAUAAAAUACCACACUGGGAUGCACAGGGAUGCACAGGCGUCCCCUCUGGUCCGUGACCAGACAUGGACUGAGCAGCCUGCUCCCAAACCCGCAAAUGCACGGUGCUCCAGGAGCCCAGGCUUCAGAGCAGUGAGGUGACAGGGUACCACACCUGGCCUCAGGUGACAGAUCAUAGCCCAACACAGGCUUGUGUGAAAUUGUCACACUGUGUAAAGGUGUGUAUAGCAUACGUGGGUUUCCUGACAGACAGGUUUGCAGAAGUCAGAAAUCUGAAGCAGUGCUGGUGCCCAGCACAGCAGGCCUCUUGAGCCCUGCCGCUGACCGCAGGCCUCCUCCGGUCCUUGGAGCCCCGGCCGUGUCAGCCGAUCGCCUUGUCUGAGAGCACCUGGGGUUGGUGCCUGCCGGCUCACAGCUGCCCCCUCCCGCCUGUCACUCCUUCCCACGUGCUUCCCAGCUACGUCUCCCCGUUUCUGACUGCUGUUCAGGCGUUGGCAGUUCUGGGAGCCCGGCCCACCCUUGAUGCUUUUCUCAGCCUGGUCUUUCUCAUUCAUUCCCUUUUUGGGGCUGACUUUCUCGUUUUGCCUUGAAGUUGUGUUUCCCGACUCUCCUUGUAUCCCUGCCGGUUGCCCUCAGCAGUCAUGGCAGGGCUUGCUUGCCCUGCCCCGUGCCAUCUCCAUUUGCCUUGCUCACGUUUGCAGCGGGCGGCGGUACCCAGGUCAUGUAUGUGCCUGACCUGGGCCGCCUGGGCUUGGGGAGGAUGCGCGCAUGUUGCCCCCUCUGCUCUGGGGUUUGGUCCAGGGGUCCCGCCCUUCCAUAGCCACAGAUGGCCUAGGUGGGCCAAGCGUCCCCCUAGGAUGUUCUGUCUCUCUCUCUCUCUCUUUUUUUUUUUUCCUGUUCCUGGCUUCAUUUUUUAGUUGAUUCUUGCUUCUUGGGGGAAGAAGAUACCAUUUCCUUCACUUUGCAGGGACGUCAUAAAAGGCAAUUUUUUUAAAAGGUUUAUAUAUUUUCGUUGGAAAGAUUUA